ACUGCAGUGUUGUUAGUUUGAACAAAAUGGCUGCGAGACCACUGUCAACGAGAGCUCACUGAACGCCUACCAUGACUGUCCGCUCCGCUGUCUGGAUCCACACAGAAUGUAUUUCCCCGGAGUCGUUUCUCACUUUGCAUUCGCGGUAGCCAGCCCGUCGCUAGUCGUCCAGCUGGCGACCUAAACUAAAUAACAAACAAAAAAAACAUUUCUUUUGCACUUUAAAACAAGUUGGCUGGCUGGCUGGCUGACGGCCGUCGGCUUGCUCUUAUACGGCGAGAACUCAACGGCGAUUUUUUAACGAAAACUGCCUAAUUCGCAACGGUCGACGACGUACUACGCCAACCAGCUAGCGUUAGCUUGCAUUAUUUAGCUGCUUUUCAAAGUCAUUUUAUCUGUGUUGGUUUUUUUUGUUUUUGUUGUUAGUGGUGCUUCGUCCCCCUCCCCGCCCCCAUUAUAUCGUGACGUUUUUCUAACAAACUGUUUUUCGGCUAGUGUAAUUUCACGGCAUAUUUUGUUUUUUUUGGUUUUUUUGCUCAAAGCAUAAAUUACCGUACUUGCUGUGUGUAUAUCUUUGGCUGAGUAGCCGUUGUUUACCUCGGUAUCUUGUCACCAAGCUGCUUCAGCAGCAGUCGGCUUAUCUGCCAAGUCUGACUUUAAUUGCGACUGAAUCUCUGCUCCAUCUCUUUUUACGGGUAACUUUAGAAAAGACAUCGGAGAAUGCUUUUCUUCAUGUGUUUUUCUGCCAUGCACCGACUCUUCACUGAAAGCUGCCAAAGCUGUGGUUAACGCAAGCUGAGAGAAGCUCGCAACAGGAGAAAGAGAACCAUUUGAUGGAAGAAAAGAAAAAGAAAAAACAAGACGAAAAGACCAAGACGGACGUUGCUCAGAAAAAGGCUGCUGAUCAGAAACCCAAAGUGCCAGAGCCUGCUCCCACUAAGCCCAGUCCCGGCCCACCCCACCACCUCCACCCCGCCAGCCCUACGCUGCCCCUCUCCUCCUCCUCUUCUUCUGGCAAUGGCAAGCGCGCCUCCUCCAGUAGCCAACUCCCGACUCAGACUCCCCCUCAGCAGCAGUGCCAGUUGUCCUCUGCCAGUGCUCGCUACCCGCCCAGAGAGGUGCCCCCACGCUUCCGCCAGCAGGAGCACAAGCAGCUACUGAAGAGAGGCCAGCCACUGCCUGCAGGAGCCCUCAGCGCUCUCACCCUCUCCUCCUCCUCUUCCUCCUCCUCUUCGCCCUCAUCAUCUUACUCUUCUUGUUCUACGACUACCAGCAGCACUUCCCCAAACUCUGCCACGUCCACUGCGAGCAAACGUCACCCAGACAUAUCUCUCCAGAGUGGCUCCAUUGCCCAGUAUGAGACCUCUCAUUGGGGAGCCUCUUUGCCAGUUGACAGCUCCUCCAGUGCCAGCAGCUGGGACAAAGUGAUUAUUGACGGAAGUGACACAGAAGCUUGGCCCUCCAUCAGCCGCAGCAGUGACCCCAGCCACCCUGCAGCACCAGAAUGCCCCUUGGGCUCAGCUAGCUCUAACGCAGACACCAGUGCUGUCACUACCACCAGUAGUAGUAGUUUUCUGAGUAUGGCCACAGGUGCCGCAGGCCAGCAGGCCCACUACCCCUCUCUCAAAGCUAACAAUAACAUGAUGACGGGACCUGGGUCAGCCAGCACAUGCGGUAAUAGAGGCUGGGGCUCCGAUGGGAAACAGGAUGGUAUGAAUGGCGGCCGAGUAGGGGCACCCAAUAACUGGGGCUCUCCCAAUUUUAACUUGAACCUCAAUCCCAAUGCCAACCCAUCAGCCUGGCCUGUUCUGGGCCAUGAGGGUGGUGGAGGUUGUGGUAUUGGCGCCAAUGGCGUGUCAAACUCCCCAUCCCUCCCACCAGGUAUUAAUGGCAAUGGAAACAUGGGAAAUGGGAGCCUUGGAGGAGCAGAUAAUGGUGGGGGAGGUUGGGUUGGCAUGAUAAGUGCUAACGAAAAUGAUCAACAGCACUCUUCAGCCACCACAAGCUUGUCUUUUAAAAUGGAACCUUCUAACCUUAACACUGACGGACCAAACCACACUAAGCAGCAGCAGCAAGCUCAGGAGCCUAUGAGUCCUAUCCAUGGGAUAACUGGCUGGGGAGGCCAGUCACCCACUGAAUCAUCCCAGCUCAAUGGGGACACAACAGGCAGCUCUGUAUGGGGUAGUGGAGAAACCAAGGCAGCUGACUCUCCCAAGGACUCAGGCUGGGACUCAACUCCCUCUGGAAACCUUUCUGCCUGGGGCCGCCAAGGCAGUGGUGGAGGAAGUAGUGGAAGUGGUGGCUGGGGGGACUGGGGAAAAUCCUCUGGUGGUGGAGAAACAUCUAAAGGUUGGGACUCUGUAGAUGCUGGUAGUACUGGAUCAGGCCAAGAGCAGCAACUUGGCUCAUGGGGACAGCAGCCUAGAACAGCCCCAGCAAGUGAGGGUAGUGGGGAUAGCAGUGAAAGUCAAUCUGGCCACAGAGACAGGUCCUCCAGCACGGAUUUUACCCCCAUGUUACCCCGGCAGGACCUGGACCCUAGGGUGCUGAGUAACACUGGCUGGGGACAAACCCCCAUCCGGCAGCACACUGUAUGGGAGAUGGAAGAAGCAAACUCUGAUGAUGGGAAGAGCAAAAGCAGCUCAGACACCAUGGGAGGCUCCAGCUCUAAUGGUGGACCCUCAUCCAUCAAUGGAGGUACCAUCAACCCGAAAAUUGGCCCCAGUCAGAGGCCUGGGUCUGGAGAAAAAAGUGACAGUGAAGGAUCAUCAUCCUCUGGCUGGGGAGCCCCUCCACCUCAGCCUAUCCAGACUGGAUCAGGAUGGGGAGACCCCCCACAGUCACACAGCAAAGCGCCAAAUGGCACUACCAGUGGCUGGGGUGACCCUUUACCUACCAGUGGUCCUAGAAAUGGAGGCACACCAUCCUGGGGCUCUGAGGACAAGUCAACCAGUUGGGACGAUGGCCUGACGAAAAGUCAGCCUACUAGCUGGGGAGAGGGUCCCAAAAGCUCCCAUGGAUGGGGCAACAGUAAUGGGGGCUCUAAUGGUUCCAGCACAGGGGAUUGGGGAGAGGCGGAGGUCAAGAACAAUGGAUCCUCCAGCAGCAUGUGGGAAGGAGAAGGAGGGAAUGGAGAAGGUGGUGGAUGGAAGGACAGCCCAAGGGGAGGAAAUAGAGGAGGAGGCUGGGGUAAACCCGCUCCUACUGUGAGUAACAGCAGCUGGGGGGAGACCUCACGUGCCAAUGGCCCAGUGCAGGGAGGCUGGGGCUCUUCCAAGCCUCAGGAAAGCAGCAACAGCAGCACUGGCAGCGGAGGAGGUGGCGGCAUGGGUUCAUGGGGUGGUCCCGGUACUGUUAAGCAGAACACAUCUAGCUGGGGCAAUGGCAGCAAACAGGACCAGGGCAUGGAGCCCACUGGCUGGGAAGAGCCCUCCCCUCCCUCCAUCCGCAGGAAGAUGGAGAUUGACGACGGAACGUCCACCUGGGGCGAUCCUGGCACCUACAACAAGACUGUCAACAUGUGGGAUCGCAACAAUCCCAAUAAUAACCCAGGCAACAGCGGCCCACCUCCCACUAAGAAUGGUGGAGUGAUUAUCCCCAACAAUAACAACAACAAUCACUCUGUCGGCCCUGGCAACAACAAUCACCAUCACACUCACCACAUGCACCACCAUCCCCAUCCCCAUCCCCAUCAUGGCCAGCCCCCAACUCACCUGCAACACCAUGGUAACAACAAUGGGUCACCCAGCAAUGGCACCCCACAUCCAGGCGCGGGCCCCCAGGGUAGACCCCCCCUCGCCAACCCAGGUUGGGGAGAGCUUCCCAAUGUUCAACCCAAGUCGGAGCCUGCUUGGGGAGAGCCAGCAGUUCCAACAUCAGUGGACAAUGGUACCUCUGCCUGGGGCAAGCCCCCAGGUGGAGUUGGAGGAUGGGGAGACGGUGGCCACGAGCCCUCUGGACCCUAUGGCAGGGCCAACGGACCCACAGGUUCUGCACCCUGCAAGCCAGGCCCCAAACCUAUGCAAGAUGGCUGGGGAAAUGGAGGAGAGGAGAUGGGCAUGUCUACCGGCCAGUGGGACGCUGAGGAUGGGGACAUGUGGAACAGCCCCACCUCCCAGGAGAGCAGCUCCUCCUGCAACUCCUGGGGCAAUGGACCCAAGAAGGGCCCGAGCAAGGGGAAGAUGGGCAAGCCAGAUGAGGCUUGGAUCAUGAACCGUCUCAUCAAACAGCUCACUGACAUGGGCUUUCCGAGAGAUCCUGCUGAGGAGGCUUUGAAGAGCAACAACAUGAACCUUGACCAGGCCAUGAGCGCUCUGUUGGAGAAGAAGACAGACCUGGACAAGCGGGGCAUGGGCAUGUCUGAUUAUAACAACGGCAUGAACAAGCCCAUGGUGUGUCGGCCCUCUGCACUCUCCAAAGACCCCUCCGACCGCACCUCCUUUCUUGACAAGGAUGGUGUUCUGUCAGAUGAUGCCCCCCCAUCACCGUUUCUGCCUUCCCCCAGCCUGAAGCUCCCCCUGGCCAACAGUAGCCUUCCUGGGCAGGGUCUGGGACAGGGCAACCCGGGGCUGGCCAUGCAAAACUUGAACAAUAGACAGAUACCCAGUGGAAUGUUUGGCAGUAGUGGAGCAGCACAAACCCGGGCCAUGCAGCAGCAGCCUCCUCAGCCACCAGUGCCACCUCUCAGCUCCUCCCAGCCUAGUCUACGUGCUCAAGUGCCUCAGUUUCUCUCCCCUCAGGUCCAAGCACAGCUCUUGCAGUUUGCAGCAAAAAACAUUGGUCUGAACCCUGCACUUUUAACCUCACCAAUAAACCCUCAACAAAUGACCCUCUUGUACCAACUUCAGCAACUGCAAAUGGCGUACCAGCGUUUACAAAUCCAGCAGCAGAUGAUGCAGGCGCAACGCAAUGUUUCCGGCCCCAUUAGACAACAAGAGCAGCAAGUUGCACGUACAAUCACCAACAUGCAGCAGCAGAUCCAGCAGCACCAGCGUCAGCUGUACCAAGCGCUGCUGAUGAAGCAGCAGCAACUUCCCUCUCAUUCCUCCUCUUCUUCCUCCUCCUCCGCUGGUCUGCAUCCCCCCGGUGGCCCCGCCGGAGGCCAUGGUUCCGGCAAAUCAACCCUGGACCCCUUCACAGGCCCACACCAGGCUCCGGGCCUCGCCGACACACUGCACACCAAAGAGCCGCCGUCUUCGCCCAACGCCUACAGCACCUACCCUCUCUCUGGACUGAAUCCAAACAUGAAUGUAAACUGCAUGGAGGUUGGGGGUUUGUCCGUGAAGGAGCCCCUUCAGCCCCAAUCCCGCCUGUCCCAGUGGACACACUCCAACUCCAUGGACAGCCUCUCUGGCAACUCCUCAAACAUGGAGAACAACCUCAAUAAGCACGGUACGUGCAAGAGAAACACAGGUGCCAUAUCUGCUGCCUCUACCCUGGGCCCCCCUGGGAAGCCCCCCCAGAUGGAGGACUCAUACAGCCCUUACAAUCUAAUGUCCAGCUCUGAGUCCCCCACCAGCCCCCUGGUGCCCCCAGACAGCUGGGGUCAGGGCAAGAGCCCUAAUGAAAAGAUCUCCAAUGGGACCAACAUUAACUGGCCCCCAGAGUUCUGCCCAGGUGUGCCAUGGAAGGGCCUUCAGAACAUCGACCCUGAGAAUGACCCCAACAUGACCCCUGGCAGCGUCCCCAGCGGUCCCACCAUCAAUACCAACAUCCACGACGUCAAUCGAUACCUGCUACGGGACAGGAAUGGAGGGAAACUGUCUGACAUGAAGUCCACCUGGUCCCCAGGGCCCAUCUCCCAGAGCCAAGCCUCUCUGUCCCAUGAGCUGUGGAAAGUCCCUCAGGGGCCACGCAGUAAUGCAGCCCCCUCCCGGCCCCCACCAGGCCUCACCAACAACAAGCCCUCUUCUACCUGGGGCGGCAACUCACUGGGCCUGGCCCAAGGCUGGAGCGGCUCCUACUCCUCUGAGGGAACCACCUGGAGUACUGACAGCUCCAACAGGACCAGCAGCUGGCUCGUGCUGAGGAAUCUCACCCCACAAAUUGAUGGUUCGACUCUGCGGACCCUGUGCAUGCAGCACGGCCCCCUGAUCACAUUCCACCUCAACCUGACGCAGGGGAAUGCUGUGGUGCGCUACAGCUCCAAGGACGAGGCCGCAAAGGCCCAGAAGUCUCUGCACAUGUGUGUGCUUGGAAACACCACCAUCCUGGCGGAGUUUGCCGGCGAGGAGGAGGUGAACCGCUUCUUUGCACAAGGCCAGUCGCUGGGGGCUAACACCACUAGCUGGCAGGCCAACCCGGGAACCAAUCAAAACCGGAUGGGCGGGGCAGCACAGUCCCACUCUAUGGGCCAGUGGAGCAGCAGCGGCGGCGGUGGAGGCAAGGCCAGCGGAGGCGACCUGCUGUGGGGUGGUGUGCCCCAGUACUCCAGCCUGUGGGGACCGCCGAGCGGAGAGGAUGCCCGCGUGAUUGGGAGCCCCACUCCCAUUAACACCCUGCUGCCUGGAGAUCUGCUGAGUGGGGAGUCCAUGUAGGAUGAUGCCACGACACACUAACCGACCAACCCACCACCACCAUGUCAUGUAAGCCAUCGGUGGAGGGUGGGGUGGGAAAAAAAAAUACAAAACAAACAAAAAAAAAAUUCAAUAUGAACAGGAGCAAAACCCAAGCAAAUCAUGUGGCGAUAAUCAGUAUCAAUUUGAACUGUUUGAACUGUGAAUUGUGAAUCAGAAGGCCGGGGUCCCAACCACACAGACUGCAGACUCCAGUCCUUCUGUUUUACUUUUGUCCUUUUUCGUUUGGUUUACCUUUUUGGGGGGAAAGAAAAGCAAGUUUUUUUUCCCCCCCUUUCGGUAUUUUUUGAAAUGCAUCGUAUAAACAAACUGAAACAAGACACAACACAAAGAACCUUUUAAGUGUUUUUUUUUUUUUUUUAAGUUUUUCCAUGAGUAUACAUGACAUUCUGUGUGAAGUGUUUAUAGGAGAAGCAAUCAAAGCUGCCAUCUAAGACUUUCCUUUUCCCUCCAAAAGAAAAAAAAAUCAUCCCAAAAUAAGACUUAAAACGACCAUUCCCAGCAUGUCCAUGGCCAAUGAUGUGGUUCAAAGAUCUUUACUAGUUAUGUUCAUGUUUGUUUCUCAGCACUAAUAUUAGCCUUAAGUGCUCUCUGGCCCAGGUCCUUCCCAAGCCGCCUUUUUUUAGUUUGUUUUGUAACUGAAGAAAUAGCUGAAAUCUUGCACAGUUUCACCUCUGAGCCAGCAAGUGGUACAGGACAUGACUGGUGACCAACUCUGUCACUGGGCAGUAAGAAGGCCUGGCCACAUGACUGGCCCUACCAAUCAUCAGCUUGAUUAUUUUUGAUUCAAAGGGAUUGACACAGCUGUUAAAUGUUCCUCUUUUUUUGACCCAAGCGCAUUUUUUAAAAAAUAUCUAUCACAACAUAUAAGCUGAGAGAAGAUUAUUUGUCAACCUCGCUGCGUGUCUCCAUUUACGUACAUGUCUACGUAUGUCCGGCGGCACCUAAUCAUUGACGUCUGCAAGCCCAGAUCCUUCUGGUCACCUUCAACCCAGUCGCUUACUGGUGUUUUGUCGUAUUUUCUAUUGUCUGAUUUGUUAUGAAGCCCAGCGGUCUGUAUGGUCAGCCAGUUUUCGGAGGAAAAAAAGAACACAAUUUCACCUUCAUGUGACAGUUACAUUGUGCAAUAUACACCAUAGACCUUUCUUCCGUCCAUACUCUGUGUCCACCGGAGCUGGUUUCUCUUUUUUGUUUUUUGUUUUCAUUGUUGCUGAUUGCAGCAAAAGACUUUGGAACUUCACAAACCUUACCCCCCUUUUCAAAACUUGGAUUCCCUCCAGGCCGCCAAUCCCCCUGAAAACUGUUGGGAAAACUCUGCAAAGAGGAAGAAGCAGCUGUUGAACUGUGCAUGCAGCAAACUGUACUAAAGAGUGACACUGAGUACACAAUAAUGCACACUUCCUCUCUGCGUGCCACAGCCACACCCAACAGAGACUGAAUCCACAGCGGGAUUGGAUGGUUCUGGGUAUCUGGCACAAUACCAAAUAAGAGGGGUUUCUCCUAAUGCAGUAGACCUACGAGUGUUCCUUGCGUUUGGUACUGUACAAACAGAAGAGACUAAGACUUUUAUAAAUUCAAAGGGUUUUAUCAUAGCACUUAUGAAGAGCAAAUCGCUUCAACUGCAAUCCAAUAAAUCAAAAAAAGAGCAGCAUAAACAUAGAAAACAACAACAAAAAAAUCCUGCUCUUUUAUGUACUAUAUCUAUUCCUUGGAAAUGUGUCUGGCGUUGUUCCUCUGGUAGCAGGAUGAAGGGAAACAAAACUGAAAUGUACCAUUGGACUUUGGGGGGGAAAAACUGCAGUCUGAUUUUUUUCCUUCUUUGAAAAAUAUCAAAGUGAAUAUCACUGUUACUCCAAAUGUUUAGCCUUGUUCUGUUUGGAGGCACUAGACUUGCAACGUCAGCUAUCUCUGACGCCCACCGGCCGGUCAGUCGGCAGGCGAGUCGGAGCGGGGUGGGUGAGGGGGAGUGUCCACUGAGUGCCUCUCUGCUGUGGUCCUCUGGGUGUCAAGCGGCAGCCCCACAGCGCAGCACUUCCUCCCGGGCUCCACUUGACCCUCCCUCAGUCUGGCAACGGAAAGCGGCUCCUCCAAGACCGGCCAAUCACGGCUCUCCGCCGCACACGGCAUCUCCAAUGGGGGGGCCCGCCACCACUCGACCCUGCUGUCGUCCCGCUCUCUCCCCCCAUCUCUCAGUUCUUUGACACAAAGAUCACUUUAGCUGGAAGAUGUAAUAGUCAUAUUUCUGGAAUUUUUGCCAGUGUACUUUUUAAUUUUUUUUUCUUGGAAAAGAUCAUUUUGACUUUUUUUUUUUUUUUUUUUUUUCAAUGUGUUAUAUUGUUAUUUUUGUCUACAUGCAGUGGUCUACAAAAAUACUGGCUGCUGAACUAGCCCUUCACUGUUCAUAUGCAGAAACACUUUGGUCAGAGGUGCCUCUGUAUGUUCAUCCUGUGUAUUGAAUGCAAAACGAGGAUCAAUACUACAGAGCGUUAUUGAUUGUCUAUUUGUUUUUAACUGAUCAUGCUUUUGUGUUCGACAGUAUUCUGUAGUACUUCCAGGUAGUAUCUUGAGAUGUGUAAAACUAGGGUGUCUCAGACAGGGGGGUGCAGGUGUUUGUCGCUCCAGCUGCUCCGCCUGCCCGCAGGCUGUCCCCCCUUGCCCUUUGCCUAGCUGCUACGCUAUGACCUCCUCUCCUCCCUCACCUCAACCAGACCCAGUAGCCCUCCCCUGACCAGGCACCAACAGGCCCUCCUAUCUGUUUCUAUGCAAAAGACUAGAGGCUGGGGCCCUUUACAGCACGCCAAACCUGACUCGGGAAUGAGCACUCCUCCCAGAGCUUGGCGAACCCUAACACUCGUCCCCCCCGUGCGCUUCUGUCAGCACUUCAGAAUGGCCGCCGUUUCUGUAAAGUCAGGCUAAAGCCACCAGAACACUGUCAUAUACUAAAGUCCGCUUUAUCAAAGGUCAGCCUUUCUCUCUGCGCUGAAGACACUUCUGUCCAGCUUGAUCUCAGGGUAGGGGAGUAGAUGAUACCAAGUAUGAGAUGCAGCUCUCCGUAUCUGUCCUUUCUACUGUGAGAGCAAAGUCUUAAAUUUAAAGGCCAUCUGCGCAACAAUAUGUACGGACCUCAUGCCUCGAACUUAAUCCUAAUUGGAAGGGGAAAGGCUGGUAUUGUAUCCUUUUCUCAAAAGGUGGCCUAUCGUACUGUUUCGGGGCCCAUUAUUGCGCGUAAAAGUUGCCAACGUAAUGUGCCAAUAUAAAUUUGCUGUGUCAUACUGUAUCUUUAUAGAGAGCACUUCUGUUCCCUGUUUGGAGGAGCUUUGAUAAACUUUGCAGAGGGUGCAGUGGGGGACAGGAGGGAUCAAACAAAUGGGCGGCAGCAUCACACCCUGAAACGACUGAGAUUUUUUUUUUUUUUUUUUUUUUUUCUUUUUUUUCUAUGCUUUUGUGGGGAAUGCCCCACGCUAAGGAGAAAAUCUUUACUCAGUUGGGGGUUCCAGUUUGCUACAGUGCACAGUUGAUGAUGGGUAAUCCCGGGUACAUAUUUUUUUAAAACCAAAAAUGAAAUCGCAUUUUAACGUCAUUUUUAUGAAGUUUGACAUAAAAAUCUUAAAAAUGCUAAAAAAUCUAAGUGAAAAAAAAAAUCUAUAAUAUGUUAAAGCUCUGCACUUCUAGCUGAAACGUCUCCGGUCAUCAGCCUCUACUACCACCAUCUAAAGGAGUAGACUGGCGGCCGGGGUGCCUUUUUGUGGAUGCUGUAUUUAUCUCGUUUUUAUGUUUGUGUCCUGCUCAAAGCGGGCCCACUGAACUGUACAUUUCCACAGACCCAGAUGGCUUGGGCCCACUGUAUCAGCCUCACUCUCCUCACUCUGCAUCAGCAGGAGGGGAGGGGCACAUUUCAAGAGGUACAAAGUCUUAAAAACAUUUUAGAAAAAAGUCAAAAAAAAAAAAAAUCUAAAAAAAUUAAUAAAUAAACAAGAAAACGGGAAAAGGCUACCUUUCAGGACUUGCAGUCCUGCAGCACACAAGCAAAAAUCACUAUUGCCUGUUUCUGUAACUGCCUUGAUCCAAGCUCAGACAGACCCAAUAGCCGAGGACCUCCCAGCAUCCUGUACUAACUGGAGAACCCUGACAGUGAAGGGGGUUUCCCAUGCUGCACCAGCAUCGAGAGGUUCUCCUCUCUACAGCUCUGUUCAAGAUAACAGUAUAUAUGUAUACUACACUACAUAUAUAUAUAUAUAUAUAUAUAUAUAUAUAUAUAUAUAUAUAUAUAUAUAUAUAUAUAUAUACUGUGAGUUCGGUGUGUGGUAUCACCUCUUCAGACUUCUUGGAUCGUAACCUCUGAAACUUUUCAUUUUUUUUUGAAAGGUCUUGGUUUAAUACAACUGAAAAAUGAGCAAUAUGUAUUUUCCCCGCAAAUAAGUGAUACGAAGGAAAGAAUUCGGGUCGGGUGUAAACUGAUACUUGAUUGAUUGAAAGCUGCGUCUUUCGUAUAUAUGGAGUUGGAUAUGCACGUUUCUGGUUUAUGAUGACAUAUUACAGUACUUUGAAGUGCUUGUACUGUAUAUAUGUGUAUUUGUUUGUUAAUUAGCCUGUCUAAAAGCCCAACCCAACCAGUUGAUUAAAAAAAAAAAAAAAAAUCACAAACAUAUCAAAACAAGACAAAAUAUUGAACACAAAUACUUGAAUCAUGGAGCGCCAAUAAUGUAAUGUGAAGUCAGUAAUUUUUUUUUGUUCUCUCCAUCUGACAGGUACACUUAGGGGCUUUUAGAGAAUAUUAAAAAUGUAUUGCAUUAAGUUACAAAUACGAAAUCUUUUGAAAAAAAUGCAAAAGUCAUCUUAGAUGUGUGCUUGAACGUCAGAUGUUUGUAUGAAUGUGUGCGCAAGAAACUGUGUGUGUACCAGGCACAUGGCCUGCUGUUAUGUUCCACUCAGUAUGUUAUAUUUUGUGUCUGUUUUUUUAUCUUUUUUUUUUUUUGUUGUUGUUAUUGUUGUUGUUCUGUCAAAAACUAUUCUGAUAGACAUUGUUAUUAUCUUCUAACGUUGCACUGAGUGUCUUCUACCCCUCACUCAGCUAAUCGUAGAUAAACGAGUCUAAGUACGGAGGGGAGAUGGUGACAAUUCAUGUGUACAUGUUUACUCAAGGACUUAAUGGAUUUUUUUCAUUCUAUCUGUAAAAAGUUUAUCUACCUUAUAGUGGCUUUUAUUGUGGAAUAAUCCAAUACAAGGAUUAUCAUUGAGUAUUGCACCAUUUUGUUCCAAUUAUACAAAAAAAAAAGGAGAAAAAAAAGACAAAAAAUAUAAAAAAAAGUACAAAAAAACUACAAAACAAAAAAGGGGAAAAAAAACAAAGAAUUGUGGCCAUAGAUAGCUGUAGAAGGACUAGUAAUCCCUAUGUUAACUUCAUGGAGAAAUGGAAAGGGAUAAAGUGUGGGAGGUGAGUUUGUUACAAGACUCAUUUCAGAGGUGCCUAUCUUUUCUGUUUGUUUUUUUGCAAAAGCCACCUGUCGUUUACAAGCAUUUCAUUUGUCUGAAGUUCAAGGAAAUAGGAAUUUAUAACAGGAAUGUUGUUUAAAAAAAAAGACAAAUUUCAUCUUCCAUCAAAUAUGGACAUGAAAAUCUUGCAAAAUGAAGAUUUAUGCUACUUUAAGAACUCUGGGAUUGAUCAGUGUUGUGUCAUAUUUCAAUUUUUAAGUUCUCUUUCAGUGUCGACAGACUAUCUCUGUAUGUAUUGAGUUGUGAUUUUUAUGUUACCUGUAAGCGACGCAGUUUGCUCACUAUCUUGCACACUCAUAAAAAGAUGUGGAUUUUGUCUCAGGAAGGCCAGGGUUCCAGAUACCAACUCCAUCAUUUCUAGGUUUAAUGUUCGUGUGGAAAAACAAAAAAAGCAACUGAAAACAAUUAAACUCCGAGCAAGCACUGAAGGUCAUGAGUUUAACAGAAUAUAGAAGAGUGCCAUUGUUUCUUUAAAGCAACAACAAAAACGUUCGUAGCAAGUUAUAUAUUUACCAAAUAAGACUGAGAAUCAACUUUGAAAAAAGUGGAGUGCUUUACAUGUGAAAUCUAAGUAGAAUUGCUUUACAUUUAAACUGAUCAAUGGUUUGAUUGUCAAAAUGACAGUGACAGAAAAAUGCAUUUGUAUGUUUUGACUUUAAAGUUUCCAUCCUGUAGUCCAGGAGCGUUGUGCAAGAAGUUUUUAUGUUGUUUGUUUUUAAUCAUCUCUCCUGUCUGUUAACAUGUCUGUUCCUGUGACAGGUAUUUCAAUAGUUGAGAGAUUUCUUAACAUGUAACAGAUGGUUUUCAGAGGCAGGUUUGAAGUGGAGGAAUAAAGCUGGUUUUUAAAGGAUCAUGAUCUAUGCACAAGUGGGAGGGAAGAGUCCAAACCCAGCUGCUGUACUGCGGGCGUUUGUCGACUCAGACUCUGGGGUUCAGGGUUUGAUGUAGGGUUGUUCUUGUUUUGUCUCUUGCUCAAAUUUCCUCCACUCAACGUCCCCCUACCCUCCUCCUCCUUAUCAUCAUCAUCAUCUAAUGUUUUAGCAAAACUUUACAUUGCGUCACCAUGCUGUGUAAUCCUUAACCAAUGAGCGCUUAUCCUUCUGCUGAAGCACUGUGGGUUGUACUGAAAAAAAAAAAGCCCAUGACUUUUAAGGCUGUCAGUUUUUUAAAGGGGAGGAGGGUGGGUGGGGGAAUGAGGGUACUUUGCCUUUGCCUUUCUCUUUACUUUGAAAAAAAAAAAAAACAUUAAGGAAAAAUGUCUGUAACUGAAAUACAAAGUUGUGGCUUUUAAUGUUGUUCUUUUUAUCCUCAUAGAAUGUGAUUGUUAAGGACAUGCACCGGAAAAAAAUGUUUCCAUGGAUUAUGGAGCUUAUUUCGGACUAUAUUAAUAAAUUACAAAUUUUCUUGGCUGUUA